GCGUCUUGACGCAGCGGGUGGCCGUUGGUGCGUCAGGAGGAGACGGGCAGAGAGAUGCCAUGACAGCAGCAGCAUCAGGACCACGGACCGAGGCCAGCAGAGACCCGAUCCCCCUACAGAGUUCGGCCGCGGGACGUCUCUCAUGCUCUAUCCGCCCCGCAGUGCGUCAGUCCGGGAUCGUGUAGCAGGACAGCGGCGGGGCAGCGGCGGCAUCUGGAGCGGAGGAUGCUCUGCGGUUUGUCAGCAGGCCUGUGAAGAUGAGUGUGACAUCAUGGUUUCUGGUGAGCAGCUCGGGCACUCGGCACCGCCUCCCGCGGGAGAUGAUCUUUGUGGGUCGCGAGGACUGCGAACUCAUGCUGCAGUCACGCAGCGUGGACAAACAGCACGCUGUCAUCAACUACAACCCGACAACCGAUGAACACCUUGUGAAAGACCUGGGCAGCCUGAACGGGACGUUUGUGAACGACCUGCGGAUCCCUGACCAGACCUACAUCACCCUCAAACUGUCCGACAUCAUCCGCUUUGGAUACGAUUCUCAUGUCUACGUUCUGGAGAAAAGUCAACACAAAGUCCCAGAGGAGGCGCUGAAGCACGAAAAGUACAGUAGUCAGCUGCAGAUGAGUCUGAAGGCUGCAGAGGGGAAGAAGAGUGAUGAAGAAGAGGGGCAGCGAGGCGACAAGACGACAACGACAAAAAGCGUCACACAAGAGACUCCUGUGAGUCGGCCCACUCCUCUGUAUGGUCAGCCGUCCUGGUGGGGAGAGGAAGACUAUGGGAGUAAAAUCCAAAGCAGCGAUGAGCCUCAUUCAGAAGUACAGAAAGAUGUUCUGUCUAUACAUCCAGAUUUUUCUGGACCUCUCUCAGACUCCCAACCAAAGACCGUCUUCACUUCCUAUCAUCGUGAGCCCAGCUACUUCGAGAUUCCCACCAAGGAUUUCCAGCACCAGAAAACCUCAGAGGCGGAGCUCCAUGAGAUCCCCACCAAGGAUACAGACGUUCCCCAUGCCGCACCCUGCCCUCCCACCUCGACCCCACCCGUUGUCCAGAGCCACGCCUCGUUCACCAUCGAAUUUGACGACUGCAUGCCUGGCAAGAUCAAGAUCAAAGACCACGUCACCAAGUUCUCCACUCGCCAGAGGAAGGGUCAGACGCCCCCCGCCAAGACUGCCACCACCGCCGCACCUGCAGAGAUGAUGUCGUCGCAGAGCAAAGUGGUCGAUUGGCUGGUCCACAGUGAUGUCAGCAUGAUGAAGAAGCAUCCGCCAUGUGAGGAUGUCUACAGCACCAAGAGUGACCUCGCCAUGAACAUUAAGACUCUUAAAGGUCACCACCAUGAAGAUGGAACCCAGAGCGACUCUGAAGACCCGGUUUUGAAAUCCAGAAGUAAAUCCCACCACUCUGUCCAAUCAGAGCAGUCUGAGACAUCACAGCAGACAGUCCAGCCAAGUCAGCAGCCUGUUCAAACACAGAAGCUCCACCAUCUGCUGCAGUACUCUCCACCCAGACAGGCUGCUGCGUCAGCUGUGGCCCCUGAACGGCCCCUGUCCCAGAGCCCUCCCCAGCCACCGUCCCCCCCAGAAACGUUCAAACAGGGACCCUCUGAGCACCUCACCCAGCAGGCCUUUAUCAUCGAGUUCUUUGAUGACAACCCGCGCAAAAAGCGCUCACAGUCCUUCACCCACAACCCUGCUCAUAGCGAUUCUUACUCCACCCUCAAGGCCAAGAUGGAGCGACGGAAAGGAGGCGAGAGGCCAGCAUCCAUGCAUGGACACAUCCCUCCCACCCAGCAGGUGACAGUUCCCUUAAAGGGUCAGGUCCACAGUGGCCCUCAGAGGUCAAGCUCUCUUAAGCGGGAGAAGACAGAAGGGGAGGCAGCUUCAUCAGGUUCCUCCUCUCGCUCUUCAUCGGGCAUCAUCAUCAGACCUUUUGGCAGUGUUGGGAAGAAGUCAAUGCUUGCCCAAGAGUUUGCAGCAGAAUUCCUGAAGGACUCUGGUCAGAAGGAUUCUACCCCAACUAGAGACAAAGUUUCACCUCCUCCGAUUUCUGCACCACCAGUGAUGGUUUCGCCCCCUCAAGCCCAGAUCCCAUCCCCACUAGAACCUCCAGCACUUUCUUCAGUUUCCUACCCCUCAUCCCCAUUACAACCUCCAGUAUCCUCAAAGCCCUUCAAAUCGCCCAGUGGUUCAUCUCAGGUGGCCCCUCUGGUCCAUCCAUCUGGACCACACAUGUCCCCCAUGUUGUCCUUGGGAGUUUGUGGGGGAGACCCCAAGGUUUCCCAAAGGAUGGUGAGAAACGAGGAGGAUGACAGCCUGAGUGAUGCUGGGACAUACACCAUCGAGACAGAAUCCCAAGACAAAGAGGUGGAGGAGGCUCGCAACAUGAUUGAUCAGGUGUUUGGUGUCCUUGACUCUCCAGAGUACAGUGGUGCGACCACAGGGGUUUAUAGACCUGUCAUACAUGAAGGCAAGGAUGAGCACCAUAAUCUGCCUGGUGAUGGUAGCAGUGUGGACCUAUUGCAUGGCUUUAUCCCAGCAGCUGUCAGUGCCCCCCCAACAGGUCCCAUGCAGGUUCAGGCUCAGGCAGCUGAUCUCGAAGGAACUAAAUGGGUUUCUCGGUGGGCCAGUCUAGCGGACAGCUAUGCCGAUCCUGGUUCUACUCCUCCUCAAGUGGAAUGUCUCGAAGAUUUGCGCUACCUGAGCCAUUCAGUGGGAAGUUACAGCUACGACACAUCUGAGUCAGAGACGAGCCACAGCUCCAGGACCAGAAGGCUGCUGCCUCAGGUUCCUCCAGACAAGGUGGAAAGUGUCCCUCCAAGCAUCCUGAUUCAGCAUGAAUCCUACCAAGGCCAUACAUCUCUGGAUAGAGUUUAUAGUCCUCCCUGCUCACAAGACUCCACCCAGUGCUUAGCUGUUCAGGACGACGUGGACCCAGACAGCCUGAGUGAUGCCAGUCGGUCUGAGGAUGGACCUGCUCUAAUUAAUGCAAAGAGAAUUGAUAUUAGGGCCGGAAACCCGUCCCCAGCUGCCCCGGGUUAUCAGUUUAAAGUUCAGGAGAAAGUUUCUCCGACAAUUAAAUCCACCUUCUUCUACAUUGGUGCUGAGGAUUAUUCAGGCAAGCCUGAACAGGCCCGAAGCCCUGUACAUGGUGAGAGGACUCGAGACCCUCCUGCUAAAACUCCUCCUACGACAGUCUUGAUCCGACACUUGGGUGGACAUGAACCCAGAAGGACCGGUGUUAAACCCAACAACUCUGCUCCAAACCUUCAAACACAAGACAAAGAUUCUGUUCCUACAAAAGACAGCAACAUUGUCCGUCAAGAAAGUUUCACCAAAGCCCGGCCCAGUGACACCAUCCAGAUGAAGAAGCUUCCACACAUCUCCAGCCACCCUUCCAUUAGAGAUAUGGAACAGAGUACCCAGGAAACACAGCCCUUUCUCCAGGAGACAGAGGGAACCCUGUCCUCUCUGGACACCAAGCUUCCCUCUUCUGGCUCAGGCCGUAGCUCAAAGAAGGGGGGCUCCUCCACCCACAUGGAUGACUCUCUCUCUGGUGAGUCAGAUGUGGAUACAGCAAGCACCGUGAGUCAGGUGAGUAGCAAAAAUAUUCCUGUUAGCUCCACUUCUAAAAAGCGACCUGCCAUAAGCAGCCUUCAGAAAGAGAAGUCGUCUUCUAGCCCAUCAAUCCAAGAAAAGGGACGACAACUAAGUGCCCGAGAACGUCUUUCUGAGAAACGGCGCACCCAAACCCCAGCUGAUGCACCAAGCAAGGCAGAGGCAACAAGGCGCUUCCAGAUGCGGCGCAGUACAGGAAACCGUGGUUCUCUGGACUUGUCUGAAGGACAACAAGGUACUGGACUUAACUGGACUGAGUCUACUUCAUCUGAUCAUGAAAUUACCCGUCCGUCCAGUCGUACCAAGAAAAUGAUUGCCCCUCUACAGAAAGAAGACAAUGGAAAGACUCCUAAGUCAGCAACUCAACAGGUUUUAACCCGUUCCAACAGCCUGUCAGCACCAAGGCCAACCCGAGCGUCCAUGCUUCGACGUGCCCGCCUCGGUGAGGCCUCAGACAAUGAGGGGACAGAGACUGAUCGGGCCUCCCAGAAUUCUGAUCAUAUUUCCGCCCCUCCCAAAGUCUCUGCUGAGGGUAAGAAGCUGUCCAGGCUGGACAUUUUGGCGAUGCCCAGGAAGAGAACUGGCUCAUUUACGACACCCAGUGACAACGAGUCCUCCACGACUCGUUCUGGUUUCUCUAGUCGCAACAAUGAGCCUGCCGCCACAGCAAGGAAGACAUCUGUUGGCGAUGCUCGCCAGGCAGCCGGUAAAGGGGGCGGGACUCCAGUAAAGCAAACGCUAACUCGUACCCGUUCAAGCGGAGCCAAGUACCUCAGCAGUGGAUCGCGUCGCAAACAGAAGGGUUCAGACUUCUCAUCUUCCUCUGAGGAAGAAUACGAGUCAAACACUGGCUCCUCCAAAGCUAAACGGUCUUCCCAUUCAACUACUGCUGGCCAAACACCGCGCAGCCGGAGAUCAGCCGCCAGUAAAAGCAAGUCUGUCUCACUGGAGACGGAGGACGACGAGGACCAAAAUGACGUUGACCCAUACCAGAACUGGUCCACUCACAGUGCUGAGAUUGCCAAGCUCAGUCAAGACCUGGCUAAAGAUCUGGCCAUCCUGGCAAAGGAGAUCCAUGAUGUUGCCGGGGAUGGGGAUUCUCCCAGCUCUGGAAUGGGCACCACCACCUCACCUACCUCACUCCCUAACACGCCAGCCUCCACCAUCUCUGCCCGGGAGGAGGCGUCAUCUGUUCCAUAUCUCCACGGGGUUCGACAAUCUCAGCUGGUCCAUCGUAUUCCUGAGGCCAGCUUAAACUACCAGAAGGUUCCUCCAGGUUCUGCUGCCAUCUUGGACCUGGACGCAAAUAUGAAUGAGCCAGAGCCCACUUCUUUGCAACGCCGUCCGUGGAACCGCGAAGAGGUGAUCCUGGACAACCUGAUGCUGAACCCGGUUUCUCAGCUGUCUCAGGCCAUCCGGGAGAACACCGAGCAGCUGGCAGAGAAGAUGAAGGUUUUGUUCCAGAACAAAGCAGAUGUCUGGGAAGAAAUUGAGGCGAAGAUCAACACUGAGAAUGAAGUCCCUAUCUUGAAAACCUCCAACAAGGAAAUUACCUCCAUUUUGAAGGAGCUGAGACGAGUUCAAAGGCAACUGGAAGUCAUCAACACCAUCGUGGAGCCUGCUGGGAGUCUUCAGGCGGCAGCCAUCGGAACAUCAUCUCUGACUCAAAUGCGCCAAACGUCAAAGGAGAAAAAAUUCAUUACCAAACCCCGAGCCUCCAAUGCCAACGAAAGCACCAAGCGACCGCCACGUGGGUCUGAUGGGUCCCACUACAUGAACUGAAUGGGCAACCGUAGCACAUCUGGACAGAAAUCAUGCAUCCACGCCACUGUGGUGUAAGCUAGGGCUUAGCUACAGUUGAACUCUACCUUAAUAAGUUUGUAUUUGGUCUAUUUAAACAGGAAUCCCUUCUCUGGGUGUUGUGCUUGCCAGGGCCGCCGUGGUGUGGAUGCACUGAAACUGUCCACAACACACCCCUCAUCUGUGCCCAGUGAUUUUAUCAGAAUAAGAACAUCGUAGUUGGCCACAGUGUGUCUUUGUAGAGCUGCUUUAACGUCGCACAAGCUCAGCCAAACUUAGUCAAAGCUACAGAAACAAACAGCUGCUCCCAUCACAGUGUUACGCAGACAGUACUGUACAGACAUAUAUUAUUAACUUUGUGCUUUGAUGAUCUGUUGUGUUGCAUUUGAACAGAGGAUAGAAAAUGUCCUUAAAUCAUUCUGUGUAUAUUUAUAAGGCAAACGUUUUACUUUCUGCCCAUCAGAGGGGUCCCACGCUGCUUCCACACUUCACAGACAGGCUCCAGUGGUCUGUACCAGUAGAACACCUGUAAUGUUGUAUUCCACUGUAUGUUUAGGAGUCGCCUGUCCGACGACACCCAGGGUCUUAGCCUUUUCCAUCUCGCUGUGAUUGUGAUGCUUUAGUUUCGACCUAAUUGAAUGUUGUGAGUGCUGAAUGUGGGAGAGACUCUAUGAAAUAACUGAAAAAUCUACAUGAGGGCAAAUUUACCGUGGGACCAGCUGGUCCUUGAACGCAUCGCCUCUCUAAACUCAAUGAAUGAAUCAGUCUGACACAUAAAAAAUUAAAUGUAUUCAUCAAAAAUGUACAAAAAGACCUGAGAAUGUUGGGCGUUUAAACUGAAUUCCCUGAAGACAAACAAACAAGAUGUCUUAAUUAUAAGUUAAAGAUCUUGUAGUUGGACAUAAAUCUGAUGCUAAGGAAAAAUCCUCCUCAGAAACCGGACUUUCUCAGUCUACCAGGUUUCUGUGUCCAAUGGGGAUUUUUUGAUUUGUCCGGAGCUCAUGGAGGAGCUACAUUUAGUAAUUUAGUAGCAUGUUUCCAUUAAAACUGGGCUUUCAGAACCUACUGUGGUACUUGAGUUAUCUCACAUCUGAUUGGGUCCUGUGCUGCCUUAUUGGAAACAGUUUGACGUAGAUAGCUCUCGGUUUUAUCAACCGGUUCACUGGCCACUUUAUUAGAAACACUUGUUCAAUUUCUGUUCAGUGAAUCACAUGGCAGCAACUGAGGGCAUUUAGGCACCGAGGCAUGGUGAGAAAGACCUGCUGAAGUUCAAAGUGGGCAUCAGAAAGGACAACAGAGGGCAUUUAACGGACUUUAAUCAUGACAUGGUUGCUGGUACCAGAUGGGCUGGUCUGAGUAUUUUACAACAUGUGGGAUUUACACCCACAACCAUCUCUCAGGUUUGCAAAGAAUGGUCUUAAAGUAUCCAGUGAGCAGCAGCUGUGUGGGGGGAAAUGUCUUGUUACUCUCACAGGUCAGAGGAGAGUGGGCCGGCUGGUUCCAAACUAUAGAAAGGCAACAGUAGCUCAAAUUACCAUUGGUUCCAAUCAAGAAAUGCAGAACUACCAUAUCUCAAGCACAACACCUGGAACAUGGAAGCAGCUGGGCUACAGCAGCAGAAGACUACACCUGGUGCAGCUCCUACCAGCUAAAAACAGGCAAUUUACACCGGAUCAAAAAAACAGGACAACAAUAGGUUGGAAAAACGUUUCCUGGUCCAAAGAGUGGAUUUCAGAUGGUUGGAUCAGAAUUUGGUGGCAACAAAAUGAAAUAAUGGAUCCACCCUGCCUUGUAUCAAUGGAUCAGGCUGGUGGAUGUGUGAGGGACAUUUUCUUCCUCCACUUUGGGCCCCUUGGUACCAGCUCAACAUCAACUAAACCCAACAGCCUACCUGAGGAUUGUUGCUGACCAUGCCAAUCUCAAAAUGACCACAGUGGACCUAUCUUCUGAUGGCUGCUUCCAGCAGGAUAACGCUCCAUGUCACAAAGCUCAGAUAACCUUUGAGGUGUGGUGGAACAUGAGAUUUUCAUUAUGGGUGUUCAGCAGAGAAAUCUGCAGCCACUGUGUGAUGCUAUCAUGUCAAUAUUGACCCAAAUCUCUGAGGAAUGUUCAGACACCUAAUUGAGUUUAAGCUAUGGAGAAUUAAGACAGUUCUGAAGACAACGUUGGGUCCAACUCUGUUUACUUGGUACUAGCAAGGUGUUUCAAUAAAGUGGCUGGUUCACAAAACAUAUCAGUUACAUGAUACUUCUAAAAAAUUUCUAAACAUAUGUGAUUUAGAACACAGUCUCAGGCAUUGAUGCAUCACAAUCUGUUUAAAUUUGUAUGAAAAAUAUCAAAGUUCUGCAAAUUUACCUGGAAUUCCUGGAGUUUUCAUAAGUGAAGGACUUUCCACAUUUGACCUCAGUGACAAAAAUAUCAUAUUAUAGAGGUGAAGAACUCAGACAUUAUGUCCCCUGAGGUAUAAAACCAGCUGAUCCAAGGCUAGUUAAACAAAUGUUUGGAAGAUUUUAACCAAGAGUCUUUUCCUAUAAAAUUUAAACCCCUGUGAAAAUGUUCCCCACAAAUCUUAAUGUGAAAAUCUGGUUCCCAAAUAUCCCUUUGAUUUGCCUGAAUCCAUUUUCUGGACACCUCACCAGCCAAUCAGACUUAAACAUCAGCCUCUUCUCCUAUUGGUCCAGACACUGAAACGGUCUACAUCUGUUACUCAUCUGGUCCACCACUGAAAAAGGACAGGAGAAAUACUUGUUGGUGAUUGGACAAAGCAACGAAUUGUUUCUCACAUUUUUAGACCUGAAACUGCUUGAUUGUCUGCUCAUUGGUCCAAACAUUUGAGUUUUCACAAGAAAAUGAUAGUUUGAACUCUAGCAGCAUUAUUUUGUUCUUGUGUUUGUCUCGGGUGGAAAGAUAUUUAGACUUAAAAGGUUCAAAAUGUUAAAGUUAGUUGUUAACAAGCGAAUAAGAGCAUUACAACGUCAGUUAGAUCUCUCCCUGAACUUUCCUUUUACUGUUAGAUUACUCACCUUAAGAUACCCCUGAAGUGAAAAUAAACCUGGAUUCACACAUUUUCCUGACCAACAGACCACCUGGAUUGUCUCUUAAGGCUGCGACUUUGAGCUUGAGUUAAUAGUGUUCAUUUUGCAGGUAUUUGAAUAUUCAAGAGCAACAACAUAUGCUGUCUGUCAUUCACUAGAUUGUUUCCAACUCCCAGAUCUAUAUAGAACCCUUAUGGGCAUCACAGUUUUAGAGAAGUGCUAUACGACAGAAUAUUUAGAGAUUUACACGGUGGGACGUCCGGAACAAUGGAAGGUGAACCUGGUGUAAAGUAGAAUGUGUGGGUUUCUGUGUGUCUGUUUGCUGCUGGCUGUGCUGUAGUCAGUGUGCUGGACCAACGUUUGUGUUUUUCUUCUGUCUUUGAGUUAAAGCACCUGAGACCUACGUAUGUAGAGUGCUGUACAGGUAGAGGAAAGCAGUGAUCCUGUUCAUCUCCUGAAUCUGUUAAGAGUUUACUUCAUUAGCCUAGCUUAGCAUAAUUACUGAAAACAAGGUGGAAACCUGAUGCCAUCAUCAGAGGUAUGCUUGGGUUGUCGUUCACUUUGAACAAAGCUUUUACUUUCCUAUAUCAGCAGAAUAGCCUAUAUGGGCAAGUCUGUAAGCAAACCCCUGAUUACAUAUAUUGUUUUGCAAGAAAUUAUAAUUUUAUUUAUGGCAACAUAGUUCAUUAGAAUUGAAAUGUUUCUUGAUUUUUUUAUCUUAAACAUUGAGACAAACGACAUAGACUCAAUGAUUGAGCCCUGGGGAACUCCGGCAGUGAAUAUGUGUUGUUCUUUCUGCUACGUUUGUUUGUUUUUUCAGGUUUGUUUGUCUUCAGCAGCAUGUCAAGUAUGAGGCUUUUGGAAUCUGAUAUUUUUGUGUUUUGACUGAUGUAGGCCGGUCCCCGUUUCCAAUUUUAGUGCCAAGCUAGGCUAACUCCACUCUGGAGAUUGUGUUCAAAAACAUGAUCUGAUCUCAGACAGAAAUGAAGGAUUCUCUAUGGAAACCUAUACAAACCACUCUAAUGAAAUAAAAUGGCACAUGGUUUGCCAUAUUUAUGACUUUUAACGUCUUGAUUUUUACUUUUGAAAUGAAUCAUUAGAUAUAAAGUCACAAAAAGAUACAGUCAGAAAUUAGAUGUUUUGCGAGAUGAAGUCAAAUGACUUAAGAUGAUUAAUGAUGGUUGUGUGUGACUUUAAAUCUGAUCAUGACAACUUCAAAAGCCAUAAUCCUGACUUUGUUUCUCAUUAUUAUGACUUUCAAAGUCUAAAUUAUAACUUUUAAUCUUAUAUAUAUAUAACUUUGUAUCAAAAAAUUGCAGUUUCAAAGUCAGAUUUCUGAUUUUGCAUCCUGUAGUUUUUACUGUCAAAGUCAUAGUUAUGAGCAACCCUGUGACUUUUUCCUCCUCAAGUGGCACAAAUGGGCUUCCAUAGUUUCACUGAAUGUGUGGAGAAACCAGAUAUGGCAUACCUUUAUUAUAAAGUGCACAUUUCCAGGAGCUUGAGGCAGGUGAGAUUCGAUGCUAGAUCACCAAAUGUGCACUUUUUCCAUUGGAUGAACAAACACCAGAAGAAAAUGGGUGGAGCUUUUAUGUAUCCUUUAUGCUGAUUGUUUUGUUCUCUGAAGCAGUUGAGAAUGUAUUAUUUUAUCACCUUCCCACAGCACAGUCCUGACAGGCCAUUGCUGUGAUGAUGUAACAUCGGCUGCUACAGCUGAUUGGUCACUUGGGCUACAUGCGCUUUGUGUUUUGUUGCAGUGCAUGCAGUUGGGAACAAUGACCUAAAUAAGCAAAGCAAACCAAACAUCUGCUCUGUUUGUCUUAUUUUUUAUGCAUCUGAUCAGAUUAUGGUGCUGCAGAUGGACAUGCAUUUCUACCAAACUGUUUCUUAUUUUCCAAGGAUUUUCACAUAUCUGAACUUUUAUUUGUUUAUCAUCAUUUCUUCGUAUCAUUCUGUCAUUUGUAAUAAACGGACUCCAUGCACUCUGUUGGUAAA